UCAUGUCACCUUCGAAUGUGAGUUCUUGUUUGCUCACUCGAAUGUAAACACAGCAAUAUGGCCUCCGUUCCAUGCAUUUUCUUUUUCAUCCGAUGAACUGUCAUAGUUCGAUAUAUCAUCCAUUUUGCGACGCUGCUACACGUGAUAUAAUACCGGUUACUCGUCAUUCAUUGAUUUCGAUUUGGACAUCAAAGGAAGAACAACUGUUGAAAAUGAAGAAAAUGUUGAAAAUUUUAUCCAAGAUGGGUUUCGUAAAUGAAUCAGAUGUGUGUGACAGUGACAGUGAAAUAAGUUGGUCAGGUGAAACCGUGACCACUAAUAAAACGAAAAACUAUUUUAAAGUGAAUGUUAACAAUUAUGGCGACGAGUCAAUUUUCAUGAUUGAAGAUUUGAAGCAAUUUUCAGAUCUUCACACUAAAAUAUCGGAGCGUUAUCCUGACCGAAAUCAAGAUGACCUUACCAUCAAGUAUUUGGAUAAGAAUUUCAAUUUCGUACAGAUCGAGGAUGACGAAGACUUCGAAAUUUUCUUGGAAAAUCACAAUGAUCAGAAGAUCUAUGUGUCAUGGUUAAACAAAAAAUGUGUAUUCAUGGGUGGAUUGAUAAAUUUGAUCAACGUUCAAAUGGAUAUGUGUUUAUACGUCUCUUUAAUGGCUUUACUCAUCUUCAUCCUGAUCGCGGUCAUUGCAAUAUCUUUUGUAGUAUUUAGUGGAGAAACGGCUGAACCGGUAUGUGAAACUCGAGUGGACCACUGGUCGGAACAUAAAAAAAUUAUUCGAGAAUUUUGCGAGGAACACCCUUCAACUGAAGAAUGUCAGCACAUAAUCGUGGAGUUUCUCUCCUUUAUGGCUUUAGAUUCUUUAAUAGAAGCAAAUAUAUGAACAACAUAGAAAUCCAAUAAAACGUGCCUGUUCACAGAGCGUGACGUCA